AUGCCCGCCCCCACCCCCUUAGCAUCCUGCUUUGGUUCUAACGCUGAGGAACUUGCCCCUCGCACUGCUCUUCUAUCUGCUCUCUCCCAUAUCGGUAUCGACGAUCCGUCAGCUUUGGUGAACUUUGCUAAAGAGAGUAGUGCUCUGCAACAAGUCGCCCAGACUGCGGCUAUCCCCGAAGUCUCUUCGCUAGGGAAGGAUAAACAAUCUAUCGCCCUUCUACAUCUCAAAUACGAGAGAAUUCUUCGGUCGGCAUUGACCGAAGCGA